UCAUUUAACAGACACAAAGACAGUGGGGGAAAUUCGAAUUGCGUUAUUAUGACGGAAAUGUAGUAUGAUUUACCUGUGACUAGUCACCGACACAUACAUAAUUUCCGUUAAAAAUUAUAAUAUUGGAAAUAGAAAACACACAAGGGUGAACCAAUUAACUUAAAAAUAUCCAAAAACGAAUCGAUGAAACCUUCAACAAACAAGAGACGAGUGAGAGUUGAAAGAACAACGAUUAAUGUUAAAUGUUUGCGUGACAUAACCUCAAACUACACAAUAACAUGAAUUUUAUUUAUAUCUUACUGUUCAUUAUCUCUCAAGUCAAAUCCGAAUUAGCAAAUAAUUUAGAACCAUUAGUUGGUGUAAAUAAAUGUUGCGAAGAAAACGAACUCUAUGAGGGGAAUUAUUGUACCAAGAUAAACAAGACGGAGCAACCAUGGAAGCCCAUGUUUUACAGUGAGGAUGGUAAAACAAACAUUCAAGUGAAAUACAGAUUGGUAAUUGGUUUACCAGACUGUGGUCCAAAAGCCCCAUGGCCCAUCUACCACUACCAAAACUCAACUGAUCGCCUGAGAUUACUCUCAAAUGGUGUUUUGAGACAUUACUUCGACCGCAACAUUCCCCACGAUGAAGAAUUAGACGAUAACAGUAAAAAUUCCCUGUAUCAUGACUAUGAACCUGGAAAAUACUGCCUAGAAAAGAAAAUCGAUGAUAAAUUUGUAAGUCAAUUCGCUCGUGUUUGUGCCCCUGAUCAUCACACACAUUGGACUGAAACGAAAUUCCUAAUGAGAAACAUCAUAUCUCCCAUCACUCACGGUAUUGGAAUUGUGUGCCUUUUGAUAAUAGCCAUCAUCUAUUUCAUAAUGCCAACUUUACGUGACCUUGUUGGUAACAUUGUCACCACCAUCAGCAUGUGCCUUAUAGUCAGCCAAGCCGCUGAUUUAAUCAGAGUCUUAACAGUUUUUGAUAGCCACAUAAGCCUUAUUAUAAGCGAUACCAUCUGUUACUUUAGCCUACUUGGGGCGUUUUUCUGGUUAAACAGUCUGGGUUAUUACAUUUGGAAAACUUUUAGGUCAAGGAACGUUUUUCUAAGAAUCACAGAUGGGAAAAAAUACUGUUAUUAUUCAAUGUAUUCAUGGUCUUGCACUCUUUUAUUGGGAGUCUUGGCCGUUUUUGCCCACUUUACGAUGGAUUAUCCUGAGGACAAACCGCAACAAGAGGAAAAGGAAGAAAUCGGUAAAAAAAUUAAAAAAUUUGACGUUGAUGAUCAGUUUUUUCACAAGAAUAGAUUUGUUUCAGGAUCACUGGGAAUAAUCCUGUUUUUCGUCCCAGUCGCCGCCACAAUAAUAAUGGACAUAUUUUUCUUUGCAACGACUUUGAAAAUCAUAAGUCGAAUGCACACAUACGGCCGCAUCCACCACAAACUGACCCACAGCUUUCGCAUGUUUUUCUUAUUAUUGCUAAUAAUGACGAUAACAUGGCUGUUUUUCUUGAUGUCGUUUUUCAAAUUCACUGGUCUCGUUAACUGUUACAUAAUAGUGAACGCAUUCCAAGGACCUCUAAUCUUAUACGUUUGUAUUUUCAACCAGAAACACGUUGCAUAUCUAGUGCGGAAAACGUGUUGUUACGAAAAUUGCUUUUGCAAGUGUUGUCGCAGUGAACCCGAAGCCGAAUGGGGCGACGAAAUGACGGCCAUGAAUACGGGGAUUUAUUAGGCAGCUCAGUAUUUAAAAUACUGAAGAAUUAUAUCCGUCCUUAGCCCUGAUUUAGGACUAAAUUCGCACAUUUAAUAGGGCGGCCUUACUGUUUUAAUCUCAUUUUGACAAUUAUUUAUGUAUUUAAUUUACAUUUUUGUGUACUUACAUAUUUAUAAUAAAAAGAAUUGAACAACUCA